AUGGCAUCCAGAACGUCGCUGGCACGUCCGCUGCGGGCUGCUGUGGCUGCAGCAAAGCAGUCUGCCCAGCCGUCACCCAAUGCUGUGCGAGCAUUCGCGACCACGGCAGGCCGGGCGAAAGAGCUGGCAGGCGAUGCAAAGGACCUCCCCAACAUGAGACACGCGCAGAGGGGUCCUAUGGGCAAAUUGAAUGCCCCAAUUGUCAAUCCAGCAGACAAAUACCAGGACAAGGCCCAGAGCCUCCACCAAUAUGGCCAGUACAUCAUGUCGUGUCUGCCCAAAUACGUCCAACAGUUCUCCGUCUGGAAGGACGAGCUCACCAUCUACAUCCCUCCGGCCGGCGUCAUUCCCACCUUCUCCUUUCUCAAAUACCACACAGCCGCCGAGUUUACCUGCGUAGCCGAUAUCACCGCAGUCGAUUACCCUACCAGAGAUCAGCGAUUCGAGGUCGUAUACAACCUCCUGUCCGUCCGUCACAACUCUCGAAUCAGGGUCAAGACGUACGCAGACGAGGCCACUCCUGUUCCUUCGAUAUGCAGCUUAUACGACGGUGCGAACUGGUAUGAGCGAGAGGUCUAUGAUCUGUUUGGUGUGUUCUUUGUGGACCACCCAGAUCUGCGAAGAAUCAUGACGGAUUAUGGAUUUGAUGGACACCCCUUGAGGAAAGACUUCCCUCUCACGGGAUACACGGAGAUCAGAUAUGAUGAAGAGAAGAAGCGAAUAGUCGUCGAGCCGUUGGAGCUCACACAAGCCUUCAGGAAUUUCGAGGGAGGUACUGCAGCGUGGGAGCAGGUUGGCCCAGGUCACGAUCGCACACCUGAGUCGUUCAAGCUACCGACUCCCAAGCCAGAGCCAAAGCCAGAAGAGGAGAAGAAGAAGUAA